CAGAACUUCCCAUUAGGCACUACUGUCCGCAGCAAGAUGGUAGCUCCUAGUAGGCUGGGAGGAAGCUGGUUUCCUGCUUAUUGACAUGUUUUAUUUAAAGAGCCAUCGGUGAGGCUGUUGCUUCAUGUUGGUAAGCUGGUUGUUUCAGAUCAGACACUUCGCUCACCGCACACUCUCUGGGGCCUGGACUGCAGCAAAGGGGGUUGUUCAGCCAGAAUCUUCCUUCGGUAUUUUUGCGGGGCAACGCUCUGCGAUGGAAACGGGAAAUGAGUUGCUGGCAGGUCCACAGCUGACGCAACAAAGUAAUCGUGGUGAUCAGCUACAAAAAGCAAGCCUUUUGAACACUACGCCAGACACUCUGCCUGAUGGUGGAACUUCUCCAAGUACUCAAAAUGGAGAAACUGUUAUAAAUGAAGGGAAGGCGGAAAUCGUUUUUCCCAAUGCAAAUGAAGUAUUUUACAAUCCUGUUCAAGAGUUCAAUCGCGAUCUGACGUGUGCUGUCAUCACGGAGUUUGCUCGUCAGAAGCUCCUGGCCAAGGGGAUUCAAGCAUUGGUCCCCGGAGAGCGCGAGAGACCCAAGAUGGUCGUAAGUCUGGCCAAAAGCGAAACUGCUCAGCAGGGAGAUGCUCCAGUGAUUAAGAAGACAACCAGUGUUGGGGAGAAAUGUGAGGGCGGGAUCCGUAUAUUGGAAGGGCUGGCUGCGUCUGGGCUCCGCUCGAUCCGGUUCGCCAAGGAAGUCCCUGGAAUUCACAGCAUCAUUGCAAAUGACUUCUCCUCAAAAGCAGUGGAGCUGAUGCAGAGGAACAUCGAACUCAAUGGAGUGGGGCACAUGGUAACCGCCAGCUUGGCAGAUGCAAGCAUGCUCCUGUAUGAGUCCAAAAGGAGACGGGACUGGUUUGAUGUGAUUGACCUGGAUCCCUACGGAAGUCCAUCGCAGUUCAUUGAUGCAGCCGUCCAAGCAGUGAGUGAAGGAGGGCUUCUGUGCGUCACGUGUACAGAUAUGGCAGUGAUGGCUGGCAACAGCGGGGAGACGUGUUACAGCAAGUAUGGAGCCAUGUCGCUGAAAUCCAAAUUUUGCCAUGAAAUGGCUCUGCGUAUCAUCCUGCACGCAUUGGACCUGAGAGCAAACUGCUACCAGCGAUAUAUCGUCCCUCUCCUCUCUGUUAGCGCCGACUUCUACAUCCGAGUGUUUGUCCAGGUGUUCACGGGGCAGGCUGUGGUUAAAGCAUCUGCCAGUAAACAGGCCUUGGUGUACAACUGCGUGGGGUGUGGCUCCUUCCACAUUCAGAGGAUGGGCAAGAUGAUUCAGAAUGGCAAAAAUUACAAGUACACAGCAAGUUCUGGCCCACCGGUAGGAGGGGAAUGUGAGUACUGCUGUCAGAGGCACCAGCUUGGUGGUCCAAUCUGGGCUGAGCAGAUUCAUGACCAGGAUUUCAUCAAGAAGGUCCUCGAGUCGGUGGAACAUACCCCACAGCGGUUCAAGACUUCAGACAGGAUAUUGGGCAUGCUGAGCAUGAUCACCGAGGAGUUACAGGAUUGCCCGCUAUACCACACAAUGGACCAUCUGAGCAGUGUUAUCCGCUGUAAUACCCCAUCACUUCUGCAGAUGAGGUCAGCCUUGCUUCACGCUGGUUAUCGGGUAUCGCUCUCGCAUGCUUGUAAAAAUGCCGUUAAAACUGACGCACCGCAUUCAGUGAUCUGGGAUAUCAUGAGGAGCUGGGCAAAGAUCCACCCAGUAAAGCUCGAGAAACUAUCCGAGAGCAGUCCUGCCUUCCGGAUCCUCAGCAAAGAGCCUGUUCUGCAGGCUUGCUUUGACAUCCGGGAAGAUGCCAAUCCAAAAUCUAGGAAGCGAGGGCUGAAACGUUUCCAGGAAAAUCCAGAAGCCAACUGGGGGCCCAAGGCCAGGGCCAAGGCUGGGGGAGGAAUCCAUGCAUGUCUUGAAGAGAAACGGAAACGGCUACAGAAUAAACGGAAACAGCGGAAUGAGGAUCUGGAGCACGGGAAGCAAAUCCCCUGCAAGAAGUUCAGAGAGGGUAUCUGUACAUACGGACAGGAAUGUCGUUACUCGCAUCAGCAGGAGAGCGAGGCAGUGGAGAACAGGCCGAGUAUAAGUUCUCCGAAGAUCCAGGCAGCGGAGAGCAGGCCGAGUGUAAGCUCUCCGAAAAUCCAGGCAGCGGAGAGCAGGCCGAGUGUAAGCUCUCUGAAGAUCGAGGCAGGGGAGAGCAGUCCGAGUGAAAGCUCUCCGAAGAUCUCAUCCUAAGAUGUGCCGUUGUCAUUUAUCACGGUAACUGACUCUGUACUCUCACUCUAAGUGGUGCAGAGUCUGUAAAUGGAAUGUAAAGUUCAAGAUUCUACAUGUAAUGCUUCAAUUUUAUUUUUAAUUAAACUGCAUUUUUUAAAUUAAUUCAUAGUUGGGGUGUAACAAAUCUGCCUAUACUAACAAACACUAUCUGAGGUGUAGGAAAUAAGUGUCCCACCACUAACAAACCCAUCAAAAUCAUGCCUCACACAACUUGCUUACUGUCUGUUAUGCCUGCUGUUUCCAUAACAUUUUGUUCAACAAGUCAGGGUCGUUAGCCCGGAGCUGAACCCCACCCCCCUGCCCGAUGUGGAGGACCACAGAGCAUAGCCUCAGUAGAGGGAUGUCCAGUUAGAAUGGAGAUGUGGAGGAAUUACUUCAGCCAGAGACUGGCAAAUUAGUGGAAUUAGUUGACAGAGGUAGCUGUGGAGGCCAGGUCAUUGGGUGUAUUUAAGGCACCGGUUGAUAGGCUCUUGAUUACUCAAGGGCAUGAAAGGUUAUGGGGAGAAUGAAGGAGAAUAGAGUUGAGAAGGAGAUGGAUCAGCCAUGAAUAAAUAGUGGAGCAGACUUGAUGUGCCAGAUGACCUAAUUCUGCUCCUAUUGGCCUUUGGUCUUGUGUCUAGGCAGCAGCUUGCCCUAGCUUGCCCGGAAAGCUGUUGAUCAAACUCAUCAUUGAUAUUGCAGGUUGGAUUUCUUUUGCUCCAAAUGAGAUGACCUUCUGUAUCAACUCCACCCAACCACAGUAAACUUUUCCCCUCUAUAAAUGAACUUGCUUAGGAGGAGGCUGGAAGUGUGUGCACUGUUUUGUGUUAACCUGAGGUUUAUUUCAUUAAUGAUAUGUUUGGCUUCUGUUCAAAAACGAGGUACAAAUUAACUUCUGUCAGAUGCUCCCAAAUUUAUUGCUUGCCCCCACCACACCCCCUUCCAUUCCAUUUCUUGUUUUCCUCCCAGCACACUUAGUCCUGUAAAUGUCAAUCAGCUGCUAGACAGUGCUUCCUCUCCUCUUCACUUUGCCUAACCUUCCGUAGACAUCCUUUGUAAGGCACAAGAACCACACUUUGAACAUCAGUUUUGUACAUCACUUAAGUAGAGGCACAGUUUCACCUACUUCUAAUACUGGUGUUUCUAUGCUUUGAUGCCCUCUCCUUGCAUUAAUAUCAAAGUGAAACAAUACUUUGACUAAAUCUUUCUUCACUGGGGAUACAAAUGGGAGUUUUUGUAUAAAAGUGAUCAUCAAAACAAGAAUUUAAAAAGCUAUUGCACAUUAUUUCAGAUGCUUUAAUCUGAAUUAUUCUAUUCCCUUCAUUUUGUUUGGGUGGGGCUGAUAGUGGGGGAGAAACAACUCAGAAAAUGUAAAGCUCGGGUGGUUGAUGAAUUGCCAAGAUCACAGAACAACUCAACCCAGAAGAGGAGAAGAUUAAUGGUUGUCUGGCAAUCAGCCACAAAUGUAUUAGUUGUUUUAAGGACUGGGGAAGGAAGGAACCACUUGAUAUAGUAAAGGGUUUGAAUGGAUGAACUUAACCAAGGCACAUUUUGGAAAGG